AUGCUGCACCGUGUCCCGUACUCGGACGUCGUACUCUCAAUCCCGAUCCUGAGGCACGUCGCCAAGACGAUUCCGUGGGAGACGCUACUCCAGCUGCUCACAGCGCGCCACUUCAUUUUGGGCCAAAAGGUGCUCGCCGCCGGCAGUGUGCCCCACGAAAUCUACUUUGUCGUCGAGGGUCAAUUUGCGCUUCGGUCGGCCGACGCGGCGCCGCAGCACGUCUGCGACCCAGGUUCCGUGUUGUGCGCCCACGCCACGCUCGCCCGUGCGCCGCUGCCCUACGAUAUUGUCGCUGUCCGGUACAAGUCCACGCUCCUCAGCAUCUGCAAGACAAAGUUCAAGACUGUGCUCAAACAAGCCGACGCCGAGGCGUGGAUAUCCAGCCUUGCUUCGACAGACGAGGCGACGGUGGAGAACCGAAUGACAGAGCGACUGCCCACCAAGGACUCGGCGACCGAAACGGUUCCUAUCGAGUAUGACCUGGACAGUGCAAUGUUGGUGUUGCACGAGCCGCUCAACCCGACAGAGUUGGCUGCUGCACCCGUCACCAAUCCUGCGUGCCUCCAAGCCAAAGCCAACCGAGCCCGGCGCCUCGAGAGUCUUCACGUCGCGGAGCAGUAUAACGUCAAGCCCCUUGCCACGACGCCAAGUCGACGACGCUCGUCACCGCUUGUGACGAAAGAAAAGCCCGUCGGACGGCUCUUGCGACCUCUCGAGCACGACCCGACGUGGUUUCGGAAUGCCAACGGACACGUCGUGGUCCACGCCAGACGCGACGUCGGGUGCGAGCUGCGACAGGACGUCACUUCGCCCGACGUGCCAGCACCCGGUCGCUUCAUGCGUCUCGGGAAGGCCGAGCUCACACCGAUGCACCUGCAUAUUCAUCGAAACUCGCCGUUGCAGGUGCCACUGGCGUCACAUCUUAGCCUCCCAAGCUCGCUCGAGCAGAGCCAGCGACCGUGCCAAGUUCCCGUGGUAUUGGCGCCAGAGCACCACGCGAGCAGUCGAAGCUCGGGCGUGAAGUUGCUGAAAGCAUCGUCGAAUCAGCGCGCUCUAGCAUGACUACAACACGAGAACCCCUCCGUUCGACGCAUGAAGAGCGUGCUGCGUCAGGAGGGUGGUUGCGAGAAG